AGUGACCAGGUUUUUUAGGGAGUAGGGGGACACAUCACUGAAGUUAUCUAAAUGAAAAAAGGCUCCAAAGUGUGUGAGGGGACACAGUCAGUCCAUCCGUGACCAGGUGAUGGUGCUUUACCUGCUAGAGAGAGAGAGAGAGGGAGAGAGAGAGAGAGAGAGAGAGGGGUUUAAGGUUUAUUCUUAUUAAACCUCCCUUUAGUUUCCACUUAUCUUAUGCUGGUCUUUAAGUGAAGCCAGGGGGGCCCCCUUAAAGAUCCACAUGUUCUCAGAGGAUUUCCUCAGGGUAGGAGGAUGUUGACACCUUCAUUCAACAGGUUUAUGGGUUAUACUUUAUAUUUUUUCUAACUAUUACAGUUGAAAAAUAAUUAGUUUUUUAUCGAUAGCAUGGAAUUAAUUGAUUAACUUUGGCCUCAGGGACUAAAUGAAAAGUAAACGUAGUGAAGUUUAGGAGGAGGUUUGAUUCUCUUCCAUCAGUGAACUCCUCUCCUCGGUGGAAGGGCAGCCGAUCAUAAAUAUGGAACAUGUAUCCCGAUGUAUACACUCGCUGUCUGUCUCUUUAAGACGAUGUGUUGAGAAGUUCAAGUCGGGGUCACGCAAAGUUCCUGCCCUCGAUUUUACCUUUUAGUUUUAUUAUAGACUGACAUCACACGGGGCGCUAAAACACUUAAGGCGCAUAGAGGCUCCAUUAUCAUCCCGGUGCGCAUUAUUGCUCCGACUCAAAAAUAGCUAAGGAAAUUACUAGAGAAAAAAAAAAAGAAACAAGAGGAAACUGAUGCUGGUCGGAGCACGUAUUUUUUGUUUUUUUUAUAGGAGGGGAUGAGAGAGAGAGAAAGAGAGAGGGGAGAGAGGAGGGGCAGAGGGAGAAAGAGGGAGAAACAGGGAGAGGGAGGAAAGUGGGUGGGGGGACGGACCUGAGGAGCGACAAGAAACUCAUAUCAAUUAAUAAUCAUAAAAAAAAAAAAGCGCUGGCAGACGCGCUCGGAAAACUGGCAUGGUUUUGUUGGAGGCUGGCAGUUCAAAGCUGAAACGUCAGAUAUGACUCCUGGAGGCUGCUGAGAUGAUCAUUAAGGGAGACUUAGAUCGGAUGGCAGAGGACAUCGGGCAUGCAGAUAUCUCUUGUUGCAGGUGGCGGACUGAAGACGAUGCUGGAUGCCAUGGACGUUCCAAGUCAUGCUAGGGAUCUCCUCCUGCAGCUCAACAGCCAGCGCACCAAGGGCUUCCUGUGUGAUGUUAUCAUUGUGGUGCAGAACGCCCUCUUCAGGGCUCACAAGAACAUUCUGGCCGCCAGCAGCCUCUACUUGAAAUCGUUGGUGGUCCAUGACAAUCUCAUCAACCUCGACCACGAGAUGGUGAGUCCAGGCGUGUUCAGGGUCAUUCUGGACUACAUCUACACAGGCCGCCUUACUGAGGGAGACCCCACUUCUCCAACUGAACCCAAUCUGGGGGCCGUCCUGGCAGCAGCCAGCUACCUUCAGCUGCUUGACUUAGUGGCGUUGUGCAAAAAGAAGCUGAAAAGACAUGGCAAGUACCCGCCGCGCCUGGGCCCUGCUUUUCUGCCCUAUCCAAAGAUGGGACCAAAUAGCAUGGGGCUAGGGAGUGGUGGCAGGUACAGAGUUUCCACUCCAGUCAUUCAACCCUGCCCUCCAGGAGGAAUUUUGAAUAGCCAUGCACCCCGGCCACAACCACUAGAGGAGCUAAUUCCCCAUCGAUUAGCCAUCCAUGCUGGGGAGUUGUAUGCUCCCACCUCCGCCCUGGGCUCUCAGGCGUUCCCGUCCAUGCAGUCAGCUUUGCCUGCCCAGCUUGGGCGUUCAGCCCAUCACGACAGGAACUGCUCCCCCAACUAUGGCCUCGAUCUCUCUAAGAAAAGCCCCAACUCCCAGUCUCAGCACCCUCACUCCCAUCUGGCAAACAGUCACAACGAUGAGGAGCGAGACGGGACUCUGAGCGGCCGCACGAGUCCCAUGCACGGGAUGAACGGCAGGGUCUUCCCCUCUGAGAAAAUGGAGUCCACCGACCAGACAAGCUCCCUCACUCCUCCACCUUUUUCCCAUCUCAACCAGUCCCUUGGCCCCCAUCAUCCCCACAUGCACCGCUCAGGCACCCAGGGCACAGAUCGCUACCCAUGCCCCCCCAGCCCUGACACUCCCACGGAAGGAGGCGAGGCAGGCAAGGAAAUGGGCAACAUCUACCGCUGGGUGAAACAUGAGCCACUGUCAUAUACAGCUGAAGAUGAAGAUGAGGACGAGGACGAGGACGAGGGGGGUGAAAACGGAGACCGGCAUCACAACCACCACAAGGUUGGGGAGGAGAGUGAAGGAGCGGAUGACAAGAGCGGGUCUGGCACAGAGGAGACGGGGAGCAGUGAAGGCCGCCCCUCCCCUACGGGACCAAUGGGGAGGUUCCACAUGCCGUACGAGCCAGAGAGCUUCGGGGACAAUCUGUACGUCUGCAUUCCCUGUGACAAAGGCUUCCCGAGCUCCGAGCAGCUCAAUGCACACGUGGAGACACACACAGAGGAGGAGCUGUACGGCGAGAUGGGAAACAGCAAUAACAGCAGCACCAAAAACACCAGCAGCAACACAAACGGCUACGGGAGCCUGAACAGCAGCAACAGCUUGAGCAGCCUGUCCCACCUGGAGUCCAAGUCCAGACAGGGGCUGAAUUCAGGGGCCCUCGGGGAGAUGAUGCGACCCUACCGCUGUUCCAACUGCGAGAAGUCCUACAAAGACCCGGCCACUCUGCGGCAGCACGAGAAGACCCACUGGCUGACGCGGCCGUACCCUUGCAGCAUCUGUGGCAAGAAGUUCACGCAGCGUGGCACCAUGACGCGCCACAUGCGCAGCCACCUGGGCCUCAAACCUUUCGCCUGCGACUCCUGCGGCAUGCGCUUCACCCGCCAGUACCGCCUCACCGAGCACAUGCGCAUCCACUCCGGGGAAAAGCCCUACGAGUGUCAGGUGUGCGGGGGAAAGUUCGCCCAGCAGCGCAACCUCAUCAGCCACAUGAAGAUGCACAGCAGCGGAGGGACUGCGGGGGGCCUGACCGCAGAUCUGAAACUGAAGCUGGACUUUGCGGAGGGCAUCUAUCCGCUGAGUAAAUACACAGCAGAGCACCUCGGGCUGAAGCAGGAGAAGGCCAAUGAACUUCACAUCCAGGCUCAGCAGCUGGUGGCCGACGGAAAGGCCCUGGAGAGCCUCUACCCGCUGUCCAAGCUGGCCGCGGAGCACCUGGGCCUCACCCACGACAAGAUGGACGUCCUGGGCCAGCCCCUGCCCGCGCUCUCCCAGGCCCUAGAAGCCCGCACCAUUGACCGCUACUCACCCAGCUAAGACAUGUGACCUGUCGCCAAUAGGUCUGUGUGCACACACAACUUGCAGUAUUCUAAAGCCAUUCACCUCAGUAUCCUCCUCUGCACCUCAGACUCAGGCCAAAAGAAACUGGUCUGCUAAUGCACACCAAAACGUUUAGACUGUCAGUGCCUUUCUAUGCAUCUAAUGUAUCUUAAAGUCCUCCUUCAUAAAGGAAGUCUGUGCUAUUCCAUGACCAAGAGACACUCACUCAAAGAAGUACAGUAUUUAUGUACAGCGUAUAUAUGCAAACAAACAUUUCUUCUUUUUCAUUUUUUUUAUUUCAGCCAUUGAGCCAAAGUUACAAAUUGAAAACCAAAAUGAAAUUGUUUUAUUUAUUUUUGUAUCACGAUGAAAUCCAAAGAGAAACUGUUGCAAAGAAACUUUGCAAUCAGACCCUAAACCUGUGUACUAUUGAUUUUCAUCUGUGUACAAGAAAUGACAACAACAAAAAAAGCACAUAAGGACAAGAUCCAGGGUUUGUGUCCAGACCUGAGCGGAACUUUUAUCAAAUGAAUAAACCAGCUCUCCUGGACUUUAAAAUAAUGGGAGAAUAUAUAUAUAUUUUUCUUCUUGUUUUUUUUUCUACUUCUCUGUUUGUUGGGGUACUGGACGAUGUUUGUAUCUGACCCUCCAGCUUCUCCCCACCACGUUCCCCUGCAUCCCAAGGAAAGAGCUCAACAAGAAGAGCAAUCUC